ACGAGGAGAGCGAGGGAGCGAGACGAGAUCCAUUCCCAACUUCAGCUGCGCCUCGACUCGUAGCCCGAACCCUAGCCACCAAGCCGGAGGCGAGAGAGCAGCCAUGGCGCGGUGCCUCGCGCUCGUCGCCCUCCUCGUACUCGGCCUCGCCGCCGCCGCCUCCGCGGCCGACGCGCCCUUCGUCGUCGCGCACAAGAAAAUUUCGCUCUCCCGCCCCAAGCCGGGCGUCGAGCGCGUCGCUGUCUCCCUCGACCUCUACAACCAGGGAUCCGCGACUGCCUAUGAUGUGUCCAUUAAUGACGACUCUUGGCCAACAGAAGUGUUUGAGCUUGUCACUGGAGAGAAAUCGAAGACAUUGGAAAGGCUUGACCCUGGUGCCACUGCUUCACACACAUAUGUCCUGGAGACCAAAACACAGGGCAGGUUCCAGGGUUCACCAGCUAUCAUUACAUACCGUGUUCCCACAAAGACAGCUCUUCAGGAGGCAUACUCAACUCCCAUCUUCCCACUGGAUAUUCUCGCUGAGAGACCUCCAGAGAAGAAGUUUGAAUGGGCUAAGAGGCUUGUGAUGAAAUACGGGUCACUUGUGUCUGUUGUCUCUUUUGUUGGACUGUUUAUCUACCUUGUCGCGAGCCCGUCGAAGAGCAGCUCAAAGGCAAGCAAGAAGAGACGCUGAUCUACUUAUAGGUCGCAGUUGACGGUGUAGCUGGUGGUUUUGCCUGGAGGAACUCUUGGUAGUUUGAGCUGUGCGAAAGCUUUUAAGUUUACAUUUACUCACCACUCCAUGAACGGCAACGAAGUAUUCAUCAGUUAGAAAAGUGCACCUAUAAUUUUGGUUGCUUAUAACUUUCUAUUUGUCAGAGAUUUAACUCGAAGGACCUGUAACUAGGAAAGUUAAUUUUGCUUGGAAGAACAUUUUGAU